AUGGAGUUCAACACGUUGCUUGCAAAACAGGUUGAGCUGAUGCGUCAAACAGGCCCAGUUGGAGUUGCUUCUAUUCCUUUGUCUAAUGGAUCUCAUAUUCCACCAAUGCAUCAGAACUCAACAUGCGCCCCAGAAAAUACUGGACCUGCUCUGAAGCCAGAGAACAUGCACCAGCCUAUUAAUACUAACUUAACUAAUGCAUUCACUAAUUUGGGGUCUUCAAUGCAUUCGUGCAUGCAACCAGCUGUUGAUGUGUCUGCUCAUGCCAGAAGGAUUAAUGUUCCUCAGAACAUGCUGUUAGCUCGGAGCUCAAAUGUGGGAAUGAUGCAAGGAAUGAAUGGGGGGAUGAUAAAAGCAGAAGCUGGCUAUGCAGGUGGUUCCCCAUACAUUGUUGGUGUUGAUGGAAAUGUCCUGGAUACACGCUCUGCCAUUGGAGAUGCAGCUGUUUCAGCUUUUAGUAGUGUGGAGUCCAAUGACAAUUCACAUCCCCUGAAUGAUACGCUCCUAGAGGAUACAUCUGCAUUUGAAUUUUUGGGGCAGAAUCCUCGAAGUUUCAGUCUCUCAGACUUAACAGCUGAUUAUUCGAAUAGUUCUGACAUACUGGAGAGCUACUCUAGGUCUCCCUUCCUCACAGCAGAUGCAGACAACUUCCUUCAUCCCCAUGGUAGGGGUAAUCACCAAGGUAAGACUUUUUGCAAUUGUCGUUUCUUAAAAUGGAAAGAGGUAGUUCACAUCUGUGUUGUGGCUUGUCAGGGGACAAUGGGAGGUUGGACACUAUAGCAGAAGGUUUGAGUUAUGAAGAUUUUGGCAGGGAUUGAUCAAAUGAUAUCAGUGGGCCAACUGCACUCUGGUAGGACAUAAGUUUUUGUAUAUAGCUUUCAGAAAUGGGCAAGGCUUCUAAUAUUUAGACUUUUUGAAAGAAUUGAUUGCUAUGUCCUGAGGUAAUAACCUAGCUAUGGGUUGAUAACAUUAGGUUUGCUUUGGUUGGAAUAAUUUAGCAUGUUCUUUUUUCUCUUUUGGUACUGCCAUGUACCAUGAUAUUACACCUAUAGUAGGCUUCUCUCGGAAUAUUACUGGUUAUAAUGGUGGUGAAGUUGAUGUGGGUUUGGUUGAGUGUGUUAAUUUUGUUUCUAUCUUAUAUUAUAGAUUUGUAAUGAUCAGUAAAGGAAUUUGGCAACAUUUUUCUUUUACCUCUAAAUAGGGACGAGGAUUAAGCUCCAAAAUGAUAUUCUGCAUCUUUUAUUCAAGUGG